CUGGAUCACACUAUUGUUUCUUCCCAUGAUUGAUGUCCUGGUUGCUGUCUUCAUUCCUUUUUUCCCUUUUCCCUUCUCUUUUUCCCUUUUCUCCUUGAAUUCUUUUCCCAUUUGUGCCUGAGUACUGACACUGCAAGUCUGCCCUUUGGGGUUGCACAAUCCCCUCCACGAGGCAUCACUAAGCGAUUGGCAAUGGCAGCGUCCAAGACCUUAUCGUGGUUGAGCGAUAAGCUCAACCCGGGUAAGGUCAAUUUGUCGUUGGGUUCCCCCAAGCAUUACUAUGACCUGAUACCUGGCUUCGAUGAGGAGGAUGUUCGCAGUCUCAGCACAAGGCUUCAACGCCUUUCCCCGGCGGCAUCCCUUUCUCGCCGAGGCUUUCGGCGUCCUGCCCUAUCCUCGAGACCGCUGCGUUUGAUCGCCCUGGCAAUACUGCUGGCAGUAAGCCUUGGCGUCUUCCUGCAUCUUGGCUUCUACCCUCAUUCAGGGAGCCAUCGGAAAAGACACUAUAAUUGGGAGUCAUAUCCUAGAAUCAAUGGUUAUUAUAAUGGCAUUCGAACGAUUGUGAACUCGAGCGACUAUGUCGCAGAAUAUCCUGCCAGUGGAGAGUACACUGCUGCUCCCGCUAUCUCAACGGCUUCCGGAAAGCCAUCUCUAACCUCCUCGGCAAUUCCUUUGGCAACACCUUUCCAACCAUAUCCGGAUUACAAUUCGUCCGAAUAUCUCUCCCAGUACCAUUCUGUCGAGGAAUGCUAUCUAGACGAAGCCAACACAAAGCAACUGCCGGACGUCUUCGUCUAUCCGGGAAUUCCCCAACAUCAGCCAGCUCCUCAAAUGGGGUCGUAUCAGGAGCUGGGCAUUAGAGACGACGUCUGCUUUGAGCGUUUUGGGAGAUUGGGGCCCUAUGGUAUUGGUUACGAGGAAAAGAUGGGCGGCACAGGAGUUGGAAUGAAGGGCGAUAAUGACGGCAGCGAAAUCGUCUGGAAAAAGAACGGUUUUGUGGAUUGGCGUGGAACUAAAUGGGGAACGCUUCAGAAGCAAUGCUACGAACGAAACAAGCAGCGAUUUCCUCCAGCCCCAACGAAGACCUUGGGGCAACGUGGAUCAACUACAUCGGAUGAAUCUGUCGACCAGCUCAAUGUGCGCAGCGAUAGCGACAAAAAGCAUCUUCCCCGUACGGUCAUUGUCUUGCGCACGUGGGACUCAUGCAAAUACCCGCCGCAUCUCUUGGCCUCAAUCCGGGCCAUGAUAACAGAGCUGUCGCUGAAGUCUGGCGGCGAGUACGAUGUCCAUUUCCUUGUGCACGUGAAGGAUAACAGCAUACCAAUUUGGGCAUCCGAAGAAGUGUAUCAAGAGAAGCUCAAGAAAAGUCUUCCGGAGGAAUUUUGGGAUAUGGCUACACUCUGGUCCGAAAAGCAAAUGGAGUUGGUCUAUCCUCCACCUUUCGGCAAGGUUUUUGAGAAUAAGAGCGGAGGUGGCGUGCAUGGAGUCUAUCGGAGCUCUCAUUUCUGCAUGCAAUAUUUUGCGUCCCAGCAUCCCGAAUACGAUUUCUUUUGGAACUGGGAGAUGGAUGUACGCUAUAGCGGCCAUUACUAUGAAUUCCUUGACCGUAUCAGCCAAUGGGCCAAAGCACAGCCCAGAAAAGGCCUUUGGGAGCGAAACGCCAAAUUCUAUAUCCCGGGCUAUUAUGGAACCUUUGAUAACUUUACCAAGGUUGCCGAGGAAGAAGCAUUGAUCCCUGAUGACAAUGGCGAUAACAUCUAUAUCAAUAAUCCCGGCUUGAAAACCCAAAAGAAACACAAAGGCAAAAGCAAGACUCACGGUGGAAACGAGCUCCUUCGCGAACAGCCCAGACCCGUUUGGGGUUAUGUCGAUUUCCCUGGUCGCCAGAGUUUGGGCGAAUCUUAUGACAUCAAACCGCCAACCACUUAUGCCGAAGACAACUAUACUUGGGGUGUCGGCGAAGACGCAGACAUUAUCACUUUCAACCCGCUCUUUGACCCUGACAACACGACGUGGAUUUUCCGAAACGAUGUUACCGGCUACAACACCAGUUUACCUGUCCCCCCUCGACGCGUUGCACUUAUAACACUCUCGCGCUUUUCUCGCCGCCUCCUCAUGACUAUGCAUGCGGAGACCUACAAGCUGAGGCAUACCAUGUUUACGGAGAUGUGGCCAGCCAGCUGUGCUCUGAUUCACGGUCUCAAGGGCGUCUAUGCUCCGCACCCUGUCUUUUUUGACCGCGCCUGGCCGCCUGCGGAACUUGACCAUGCAUUCAACGGCGGCCGACAUCAUACCGCUGGUGGCAACGUCACAUCUGUCUUUGGUGUCGGAGAGCACAACUUCCAGGGCAGCAGUUUCUUUUACAAUGCCGGCUUUGCUGGUGCGCUCUGGCGACGAUGGCUAGGCUUUUCGGAAAACAAUGAGGGUGGUCCAAAGAAGGAAGUUAAUGGAACAGGCCGAAUGUGCAUGCGCGGCGUGCUGGUACAUCCUAUCAAGCAUGACAUUGGACCUGAUGAGUAAAAUGCGUCAGUGAUGUCAACGUGAUUAUUUUCUUUCAAUUUUCGUUUGCGGUAGAGGGUAAAGACUUGGAGCGUUGUGGAAUCUUUCUUGGUACCAUUGGUCGAUAUUUUGAUUUAACUACUAAUACCCUUCGGAGCAGCUUUAGGCACUGCUCCAUCUCGUUCUUCUCUUCUUUCCCACUCUCAUCAUUUGGCGAAAAGUCCAGCGUUUUACAUCUUGUAAUUAGGGCAGCGCAGCGGGCUUGCGGGUAUAUAUUAUCACCAUGCGGAUUUCUGCGAAGACAACUCGGGUAUAGAAUCAAGAGGUUUAUACAUCAAAAUCCGAUUUGAUUAUUUUUUUUAAUUUCUCCAACAACAUUGU